ACACAGUUUCAAUCGAGAGUUUUUGUUCUUGAUACGCAAUGUCUUCUUCAUCAAAUUCUUCGAAUUAUGCUUCAAAAUGUUUAUGCGGAGAGAUGGCACGCCUAAAGUUAUCGAAAACACCAAAAAAUCCGAUGCGACCUUUUUAUUCCUGUCCAAAUUAUAAUAGAGAGGGAAGGCCCUACUGCGAGUACUUUUUAUGGGCAGAUAUUGAAGUAGAAAAUGAAGACAAAGUUAUCUGCGAAAGAGAACAUCCCUUCCAAAAGAGAGAUGAAGAACUCCAAAAGAAAGAGAAAAAACUCCAAAAGAAAGAGGAAGAACUCAAACAGUGGGAGGAAUAUCUCCAAAAGUGGGAGGACAAUUUGAAUGAUCGAGACAUAAAUCGUACACGCAUACGAUCCUGCAUGUAUUGGGGACUUGCAAUUCUAAUAUUUUGUUGUUGGAUAGGAUCAAGAAUAGUUACAAAUUAAGUAUCUUUGUAUCAAACUAUGUAAUGUUGUUACGUAGGUUGUAAUAGAUAGGUUUACAACC